AGGUAUCAGCUGUGAUCAAGGAACGUUAUACUCAGACUGAUCAGAAUGCAAUAAUACCUAACUAGAGAAAUUAAAAUUCUCUGUUGACUAUGCCCUUGUAUUAUUAAUAUAAUUCUCCUUUUAUAGUUAUCUUAAUAGUCGGUGUAUUACCGAACUUAUUCUAAACACGAUGGCUAUUUUUAAAAAGUUACUCCCAUUGCCAAAAGUAUACUUGCGGCAAACAAGCAAAAGGUUUACAAGUAACAGAAAUAUCUUGAAACUCAGCGAGAGAGGAAUGUACCAGGACUUGUUCCCGAAUACAACAGCGAAUGAAGUAAUAAAUUUACUGAACAAAUCUCCUCAGUGUGUGUAUGCAGGCUUUGAUCCUACAGCUGACAGCCUACAUGUGGGGAACCUGCUCAUUAUAAUUAACCUUUUGCACUGGCAGCGAGGCGGUCAUAAUGUUAUAGCUUUGUUGGGCGGUGCCACUGGUUACAUUGGGGAUCCGAGUGGGAGGAGCACAGAUAGAACAGCAUUGCCUCAGGAUGUUCUUAAAAAUAACAUCAAUUGCAUAAAGAGCAAUCUUGAGCAGGUGUUUGAGAACCACAAAAAGUAUAUAUGGUCAGAAGACGCAAGCAAGCUGAAACCAAUAAAGAUUGUAAAUAACGAAACAUGGUAUAGAGAAAUUGAUUCCAUAAGGUUUGUCAGUGAAAUUGGAAGAAAUUUCAGAAUGGGAACAAUGUUAUUGAAACAAACAGUGCAGAAUAGAAUAAACUCGGACAUUGGCAUGAGUUUUACAGAGUUCGCCUACCAGAUAUUCCAAUCCUAUGACUGGUUACAUUUGUUGAAAGAAUAUGACUGUAGGUUUCAGAUAGGUGGAAGUGAUCAAAUGGGAAACAUAAGUGCAGGUCAUGAACUGAUCAGUAGGACUGCAAAACAAAACGUUUAUGGUUUAACUUUACCAUUAGUGACAACAGAAGAAGGUGACAAGCUCGGUAAAUCUGCAGGAAACGCUGUGUGGUUGGAUGGCAAGAAGACAAGUCCAUACACUCUGUACCAGUACUUUAUCAGAACGAAAGACUCUGAUGUGGAGAAACUGUUGAAGUUAUUCACGUUCUUUAGUUUAGGGGAAAUAAAAGAUAUACUGUACAAACAUAAACAACACCCAGAACAGAGAUAUCCACAGCAGUGCUUAGCUGAACAGUUGACCACCUUAGUUCAUGGAGAAGAAGGCCUUACGAUGGCGAGAAAGACCACUGAAGCUAUUUACAGUAAAGAUGUGAAGUCAUUAGUCACUUUGACUCAGACUGAUUUGCAGCAAGUUUUCGAAGGAGCCUCCAUUGUGAACUUGUUGUUAUCACCUGGCAUUACGGUAUUAGAGCUUGGCCUCAAGGCGAAAUGUUUUGCUACGGAGAGUGAUGCUAUGAGAAUAAUUCAAGCCGGAGGCUUUUAUAUAAACCACCAAAGGAUCAAGAAAAUAGACGAAGUUAUAACGGAGUCUGCACAUAUACUGCCAAACCUCGUUUCGCUGUUACGAGUCGGCAAACGAAACUAUUAUAUUGUGAAGUGGCAAACUUAGAAAAUUGUAUUAUUUUAGUUUAUAAGUUUCGUUUCGUUUCUUUAAACAAUAUUGAGUGAUAUUCAUGACGAUGAAAUAUACCUAUUAAUUACGGCA